AUGGACGCCCCGACUCUCCAGCCAAAAUUCCUCCCGAAGCCAGAUGAGCUGGGUCUUGUGGCUGUUGGCUUUUCAGGCGGACAAUGCAAACCAGGCACCGAUGCAGCCCCCAUGGCACUCAUCGAGUCUGGAYUUGYCGACCAGCUCCGCGACGACCUGAAAUACUCCAUCUUCUACGACGGCAAAGUCCACGCCUACAACGAGCUCAUGCCAGCUUCUGACCCCGAUUACCGCAACAUGAAAAAGCCACGCGCUGUGUCCGCCGUCACCAAGCAGUUGAGCAGUCAAGUCUACGAACACGCUCGCGAGGGCCGUUUYGUCUUGACCCUAGGUGGUGAUCACUCCAUUGCAGUGGGCACCAUCUCCGGCACCGCAAAGGCUACACGUGAAAGACUCGGCAGAGAAAUUGCGGUCAUCUGGGUGGACGCACACGCGGAUAUCAACACCCCCGAGACCUCUGACAGCGGCAACAUUCACGGUAUGCCUGUAGCAUUCCUCACAGGACUUGCCAAGGAUGAUGCAGACAAGCCUUUUGGUUGGUUGGAAGAAGCUCACAAGCUCAACGUCAACAAGCUUGUCUAUAUCGGUCUCCGUGACGUAGACAGAGGUGAGAAGAAGAUCCUCCGCGACAACAACAUCAAGGCGUUCAGCAUGCACGACAUCGAUCGGUAUGGAAUUGGAAAGGUCAUGGAUAUGGCACUUGGAUGGAUCGGACGGGAUACUCCUAUACAUCUCUCCUUUGACGUCGAUGCCCUCGAUCCCCAAUGGGCUCCUAGUACUGGCACACCGGUUAGAGGUGGAUUGACUCUGCGUGAGGGAGAUUUUAUUGCGGAAUGUGUGCACCAAACUGGAAGUCUGAUUGCGCUGGAUCUGGUGGAGGUAAACCCGAGUUUGGAGGAGCAUGGAGCACAGGAGACCGUGCGGGCCGGCUGUUCGAUCGUGAGAUGUGCAUUGGGAGAUACCUUGCUUUAA